AUGGUGUCUCAAAUGCAGCUGCACAACGAGAUACAAACCCAAAGGAAUGCAGCCAUGGAAGGUUUCAUGACAAAGAGGCUGCAGGUGACGCAGGCCGAGGAAGCAAAGAUGGAGAAACAGUUUGACACCAUAAUGGAAGCGGCAAGGGACUGUGGUGUCACCGAGGACAAUGCGCAGCUGUGGAUUGGUGUGCUCAAGAUUGCUCAGGACAAGGGUGCAUCUUACUUUUUCCUGCGCUCCCUUCCGCAUGGAAGGAAGGCUCUUAUUGAGCACUACGCUAGGGAAGGGGUUCAUUGCUCAGAAGAGGGAAACGAAGAUGCAGAUUCAGAUGAGGAGUUUGAAAACUUCAUGAUAACACAAUUCAUGGAUGAUUCUGCAGACAUUGGUUUCAUUUACGGCAAAUACUAUCUGGUGGACUCGGGGUACCCGAACCGACCGGGUUACUUGGCUCCUUACAAGGGCAGCAAGUACCAUCUCCAAGAGUUUCAAAACGCCAACGAACCUCAAGGUAAAGAGGAGAUGUUCAACUACGCACAUUCGUCCCUUAGAAAUGUCGUAGAAAGAUCAUUUGGAGUUUUAAAGCACAAGUGGCGAAUGCUCACCAAAAUACCCUGUUAUCCAACACAAACACAAACACAUAUUAUUGUUGCGUGCAUGGCUCUGCAUAAUUUCAUCAGGCAGAGUGGGUUUAGGGAUAAAGACUUUAGGCGCUGUGAUAUUGAUGAUAACUAUGUGCCUGAUGAAGCCUAUGAAGAUCAGCCAGAAUGCGAGCCUGCGCCCAGUUAUUUGGAAUGUCCACACAUGAAUGGCUUUCGUGAUACAAUUGCGCUCCAUAUGUUGCAUCGAGGUUGA